UCAAGUUGCAGGCUGACAGGCCCGUAAAUGCAGUGAGUCAGGAGCAUGAUGAUUGCGAAAGUCUGCUCCGUGUUCGCCGCGUUUUUCGUGUGUGUUAAUUUGGUGUCCCCGAAUUCAGCGCUUCCGAUCAGCGGUCCCGCCAGAACCGCAAAUAUCAACGAAAUAGCCCUCUUUGAAACUGAUCCUCCCAAGGAAGCCGCAGAUCAGGAUGACGAAAAUAUCGACGCGAACCUCCAGAAAAGAGGCUUGGACAAUCUCUUCGGCAGCCUAGCCAGCCUGGCCGACGGCAACGUUUCGAUCAACAACUCCGGUAUCAUGGAGGGCAACGGGAACGGGUCGGUCUUCCUCAGCGGCAACAGACGCCGAACCUCGCCGAUGAGGAAUGUCCAAGUCAACAACACCGGCAAAAUGAGCGGAGACUACAACGGCUCCAUCUUCGAAGGCGAUUUUGAUGCGUCGUCCCCGAAAAGGACCCCCCCGAGGCUUCAGAAGAGCCCCUCCAAGGGCUCCAGGUCAUCCAACGGAUUGGCCAGGUCUAACUCGAAUGUGGGACAGGGCUCCAGGUCGUCUAAUGGGUUGGCUAGGUCUAACUCGAAUGUGGGACGAAACGUUAGGAUCAAUAACAACUGGAAGUCAGCUAAGGGCAAAGGCAACGGUCGAGUGUACUCCUUCCAGCCAAACGGCUCUUCGAGUUCGCUGUAUAGCAAUACAAUCGACUACACCGGGCAGUACAUGACCUACGACGAGGACGGCCUUUACUUCACGGUAGUGAGCCCGCGGAACCUCAACAUCCAGGUCCACGAUUGGGCGGUCUACGUCAACGGAGAGUGUGUCUGCGGUGACAUCAGAAGGCUGGGCGAUGAGGCGCGCCACCAGUUCUGGAAGUACGGUUCCGCCUGGCACACGAAUUUAUACCUUGGCCGGGAGAUGACCGCGAAGGAGAAGAAUGCCUUCGAGACCAAGGUGAAGAAACUCGAGGCGGAGAAGCAGGAAGCGAAGGAGGAGGUCAGGCAAGCGAAGGAGGAGGGCAGGAGGGCGGUGGAGGCGGCCAGGAGGGUGAGGGAGGCGACACGUGAGCGAAAGAGGCUCCAGAGGCGCGGUACCAAUGACUGGAACGCGCACGAUGACUUCUGGGAUAUGUUUGAAAGAGAAAUGGAGGAUAAUGUUGGGAAACCUCUGGAGAAAAUGGGCAGGAGGAUAGAUGCUGCUGUGCGGAGGAGGCAAGAUGCUAUGGAUCGUAGAGUAUCCGCCAGGAGGGGAUGGAGCGUAAUCGAUGAUGAUGAUUGAGCCGAAUUUUCCAAAAGCAAUCAAGUUCCUGCAAAAACGGAGGAUGAGGGCAUACCGGGAAAUAUCAGGGAAUUUCAAAAGUCAGGGAAAACCUGGAAAUGUCAGGGAGAAUGACGAAAAUGUCAGCGAAAAAUUGUCAUGCCACCUUCAUUUGCUGUCUGGAACGGGUUAGUCGUUAAUAAUAAAUUUUGCCUGAAAA